AUGUCACUGCUGCCUGUCGCCCUCUAUGGGCUUGAGGUUCCCACCGGGAGCCGCAUGAUUCCCGCGAUGCAGGAAGACAGCAUCCCCAAUGCUGCUUACCGCAUCACCAUGGCCGCCCUCGACCCCACCGAACCCCCAGAGGCUGAUGAGGACGGCAACCUCCCUAACAUCCCCCGAUCCACCCUAAAGCUGAUCCGAAAGCGCCCUAACCUGGAUGACGAGCUUGAUGACGAGUAUUUGGAGCGGUUGAUGGCCGGCGGCUCUGACGAUGACGAUGAAGAGGACUCGGACGACAAUGACGAACCCAACGGUGGCCCUAGUGACCCUGCCAAGUCUAAGAAGGCCAAGAAGGAGGCUGCCAUGAUGAAGCUCAUUGCUGCUGUCAACGAAGACGAAUCGGACGAGGAGAUGGGCGAAGACGGCAAGCCGAAUGGUGUCAAGGCUAGCAAAAAGGGCAAGGAGCCUGCCACAUCCAGCGACGAUGAUGACGAUGAUAGCAUCGACUCGGGUGACCUGGACGACAUUGAGGAGCUUGUGAUCUGCACUCUUGACACCGAGCGCAACUACCAACAAGCACUGGACAUUGUCAUUGGCCCCGAGGAGGAGGUCUACUUCAUCGUCAAGGGUACCCACGCGAUCCACCUCACUGGCAACUACAUCAUUGACACCGACGACACGUCUUCAGACGAGGAUGAUGAUGAAGAGGACUACGAAUUCCCCAUUGGCAUGGACGGCAUCGAAGAGUACGACUCUGACGACUCCGAGGCCGAUGAGCUGGAUGACAUCAGUGACCCUCGCGUCACCGAGGUAGACUCGGAGGAGGAGGAGACACCCAAGGCGGUCGUGUCCAAGAAGGGCAAGAACAAGCGACCAGCCGAAGAAGAGGUUGAUGGCCUCGAUGAGAUGAUUGCGAAAGCCAGUGCCGGUGAGACCAAGCUCAGCAAGAAGCAGCAGAAGAAGUUGAAGAACAACAAGGGUGAGUCGGUCGAGGCCACGGCGGAAACCGCCAAGGAUACCCCCACCAAGGGCGACAAGAAGGUUCAGUUUGCCAAGAACCUUGAGCAAGGCCCAACCGGAUCUACUAUUGCCGAGAAGGGAGCCACUCUUGGUGUGAAGCUCGUCCAAGGUGUUACUGUCGACGAUCGCAAGAUCGGUAGCGGACGCACCGUCAAGAAGGGUAACAAGGUGGAGGUCCGAUACAUCGGCAAACUCGAGAACGGCAAGGUGUUUGACUCAAACAAGAAAGGCAAGCCGUUUAGCUUUUCUGCCGGUACCGGACAGGUCAUCAAGGGAUGGGAUAUCGGAGUUGUCGGCAUGGCGGUAGGUGGAGAGCGUCGCUUGACCAUUCCUGCCAACCUCGCCUACGGCAGCAAGUCGCAACCCGGCAUUCCUGGUAACAGCACCCUGAUCUUCGAUGUCAAGCUGCUCGGAAUCAAGUAA